GGAACCUCCUAUAUACUUCCGUUUGCGGCACGGCUUCUUUCUUUCUUCCUGUGUCGAUAUCGCUCUCGCAAGCAUGGUUAACGUCCCUAAAACCCGCCGGACUUUCUGUAAGAAGUGUGGCAAGCACCAACUCCACAAAGUGACACAGUACAAGAGGGGCAAGGAUUCUCUGUAUGCCCAGGGAAAGCAGCGUUAUGACAGGAAGCAGAGUGGCUAUGGUGGGCAAACUAAGCCGAUUUUCCGGAAAAAGGCUAAAACUACAAAGAAGAUUGUGCUAAGGCUUGAGUGCGUUGAGCCCAACUGCAGAUCUAAGAGAAUGCUGGCUAUUAAAAGAUGUAAGCAUUUUGAACUGGGAGGAGAUAAGAAGAGAAAGGGCCAAGUGAUCCAGUUCUAAGUGUCAUCUUUUAUUAUGAAGACAAUAAAAUCUUGAGUUUAUGUUC